AUGGCCAGCACAUGGGUUUGGAACUUACUGGCUGGAAGAAACGACCGGUUGAGAGUUUGCGGUGUGGAUGGUCUUCGGAUUGUGGACGCCAGUGUGAUUCCUUCCCAGCUGAGUGGCAAUAUCAUUGCUACAGUCUACGCGUUAGCGGAGAGGGCAGCGGACUUGAUCAAAGAAGAUGCCUUGGGCGCUCUUUGA